AUGAUGGUCUUCUACUGGGGUUUCAUCCUGAUUAGUACCACGGCCGAUGGAAACGACCCCAUGGACAACGAGAUUAUCCAGGGACGUCAUUUUCGUAUCGGGACGAUACACGCCCCUCCAUACAUCAUCAUUGAGCACACCGGAAGAAACAUCAGCCAUGUCAAUGGCUUUGUCCACCAAAUCGUUUCAUGGCUGGCCGAAAAGCACCAGUUCACUUUUGAAUAUGUCGGGCCACCCGACGGGGCCUACGGUGCCUUUGUAAACGGCUCAUGGAACGGAAUGGUCGGAAUGGUCAUCGCUGGCGAAAUUGACAUUAUAGCCGCGUCUUUAUCCGUGACUUAUCCUCGAUCCCAGGUGGUCGAUUUCACUUUUGCAUUUUCAGAAGAUCCCACGUCGAUUCUCAUUCCUUAUCCGCAAUUGGACAGCACCAUUUCUGGAAUUGUUAAACCAUUUCAAUACGAGGUAUGGAUCGGGAUUAUUCUUAGCAUGUUUAUCGUAGCCCUAGUUCUCGGAUGGAUUUCACGAUUUGAAUGGAGGAUUCAUCGACAAUCAUUCCACGGAGAAAGAGGAUGGUUACCACAUUUCUGGUUCCUCUUCCGAGCCCUGGCCAAUCCUAAUGAAGUCAUCACGUUCAGUUUGUCAACCAGACUAGUGGUGGCCGCCUGGUGCUUGAUAGCUGUCGUCUUCGUCAACUCGUACACUAGCAGUCUGGUGUCUUAUUUGAUGGCCCCGAAAUUCUUGCCCGUCAUCACCACCGUCAAAAGUUUGGCAGAAAGUCGCGACGUCCAGAUAACGGUGUUGAAACACACUUCAGUCGAAUCCAUACUAUUUGAGGCGACAUCCGGAGUCCUAGCCAAACUGGGAGCCCAUCUGAAAGCUCAUCCGGAAAACCAGUUGCCAUCAUUGGAGCACGUCGAAGACGUAGUCUACUAUCAGCGCAAAGCUUUUCCCCACGAGGAAACUGUUUUAAAAGUUCGGAUAGACAACGAUUUUAAAGUUAAUAAGAAAUGUCGACUGGCCAUCGCCAAGGAACCACUUUUCCCGGAUCAGCACGGCUUCGCCUUACACAAGGGUAGCGCUUUAACUGACAUGUUUAACUACAAUUGGGAUUAUUCAAUCACUGGAGAAGCUCUUUCCUACCUGGACCGAAUCGCUGCUCAGUUCCGGUUGUCACUCUACGUUCUCAUCCGCAUAAAAAAUUAA